AUGACUAAUGGACAACCAAACCAUCUUAAUCAAGCUUCUAGCUCUCGUUCAUCUACUAGAGCUGAAAAACGAAAAGGGUAUAACAAAAGAUAUUAUGUUGCACGCAAAGAAAAUAACAAAGUCCCAAAAUUUGGGAGUAGUGAGGUCUCCCAAAGUGCUUCAUCACUAUCUUUAAUGAGUAAUAGAUCAGCAGAAAGGACACCGUUAAGAAGUUUACAGACUAAUAUUACUCAAUUUACCCAAAUGACAAACAUGAACGCGUCAAGUAUUUCUACCGUGAAACGUAAGGAGUACAAUGGAAUGCAUAUUUCAAACGGUAGUCAAAUUACAUCAACCCCGACUAAUGAUGUUACGCCGACAACCACAUUCCCCAAUGUAAUUGAUGAAGUCAUUACCAGAACAUCACGAGGUGUUCGAAUUCAACCACGUACACUUUUACCUCAACUUUCUGAAGUAGUUGAUCAACCUUCCUUCCAAAAUGAGAAUGUAGAAGAUGAUCCAUAUAACUUUGUUUACGAUCGUUUACCUAGAGAACAUCGUGUUUUAAAAGAACGUGGUGCAUGUCCUGAUUGUGGAGCAAAACGUUUUCAAUUUGAAUUUGAUACCUUUUGUUGUAUGAGUGGGAAAACUGUGUUAGCAAAUUCAGAAAUUCCAGAGGAAUUGCACCGACUUUUCACAUCGCAAGAUGAAAUUGGAAAUAUUUUUAGGCAAAACAUUCGUGCUUAUAACACCAAUUUUUCUUUUGCCUCAAUGGGAGUGACGUUGGAUGAUACAUUGAACAAUAUGAGAGACGGUGUAUAUACUUUUCGUGCACAUAGAGGAAUAUAUCACAAAAUCGACCAAUUAGUUCCGAGGGAUGGAACCCCUAGGUACCUGCAGUUGUAUUUUUAUGAUCCUGAUGCCGAGUUAGAUCUCAGACUCCAAUGGCCAAAUCUUGAUCGUCGUAUUACUCAAAUUUUGACACGCGUUCUUUCUACAAACCCAUAUGUCGAUACAUUUAGAAGACUUGCAGAACUAGGACCUCUGGACAACUAUAGAGUCACUUUGAAUGCUUCGGUUGAACUUGACCAAAGGGUGUACAACCGACCAACGACAUCGGAGGUUGCUGGUAUUUGGGUUGAAGGUAAUGACAAUAUCACUUCGUAUAAACGAAGUAUUGUUGUGUAUGGUAGGUCUGAAUAUAGCCAAACUAUUCAGCCGUACUUCAGUUGUUACGAUCCAUUGUCGUAUCCUCUAUUUUUUCCUAAUGGUGAGUCGGGUUGGCAUGCAAACAUACCACGUCACGGAGUAUCAAUAAAUGAGGUUCGCAACAAUGACAACAUCAAAGGAGAAAUGGAAGAGUCUAACACACGAAGUGGUAGAACAACCGUGGCUAUGCGAGAGUACUACUGUUACAAGUUCCAGAUUCGAUCUACCGAAAACGUGCUUCUGUUCGGUGGUAGACUGCUACAACAGUUUGUGGUAGAUGUUUACAUAAAAAUUGAGACAUCACGCUUAGAAUUUUGUGAGAGAAACAAGGCUAAGAUACGUGCCGAUUUGUACCAAGGUCUUGUGGAUUGCGUCAAUGCUGGUGAGGUUCAUGCAAACAUAGUCGGGAAAAGAAUUGUGUUGCCUGCAUCUUUCAUCGGAGGGCCUCGCGACAUGCGACGUCGGUUUCUAGAUGCGAUGACUUUAGUUCAAGACGACGGCAAGCCUGAUAUAUUCCUUACAAUGACGUGUAAUCCUAAGUGGCCUGAGAUAUGUGAUAAUUUACAUGUUGGUCAAACUGCACAAGAUCGUCCAGACCUUGUUUCAAGAGUGUUCCGGGGUAAAUUAGAAGAUCUUAAGGAACAACUCUUCAAGAAACAUAUCCUUGGGAAGUUAAGUCAUACGUUUAUGUCAUUGAAUUUCAAAAGCGUGACAACACAAGGAGAAGAUGCGUAUCCGUUGUAUCGAAGGAGAGACACUGGGAUUGAAGUGGAUGUACGAGGAAAAACACUUGAUAAUAGAUGGGUGGUUAUUCAAGUUGAUCAAAGUGAGCCAGGGGUUGUUGUUAAUGAGAUAAAGAGCUUUCAAGAUGCACGCUACAUAUCGCCCCCAGAGGCUAUGUGGCGCAUUUUUUCCUUCUCUCUUUCUCAAAUCUCUCCUUCUGUUUUAGCCUUACAGCUUCAUCUCCCAAAUAAUCAGAUGGUUAGAUUUAGAGAUGAUGACUUAAUGUCUAAUACUGUUGAUAGGGAAAGAGAUAAGAGAACCAUGCUAACAGCAUUUUUUGAGAGAAAUAGGAUCGAUGAAACAGCAAGGGUAUAUUUGUAUAAAGAUUUUCCAAAACACUUUACGUGGAAUGGAAGCACACGCCGUUGGAAUCCUCGUGGCGGUAAAAAACAAAGAGGUUGUAUCGUUUCCGCUAAUCCAGCCGAAGGAGAAAGGUACUACUUACGCCUACUUUUGUCAAAUGUCAGAGGGCCUACUUCUUUUGAACAUCUUUGCACAGUUAAUGGUCAACGGUGUGAGACAUUUCGAAAAGCUGCUCUUGAGUUAGGCUUAAUAGAAGACGAUGAAUAUCUAUCACAAUGUCUCGAAGAAGCCUCUACGUUUCAGUUUCCCAAUGCUCUUCGAAGGUUAUUUGCGACCAUAUGA